AGGCGGAGGUGUCUGCGCCGCCGCGGCCGCCGCCACCACCAGCGCCGCCGCCACCGCCGCCUCCGUGAGUCAGGCUCUGGCUGCAGCCGCGGCUGGCCUGGCGCUGCGGAGUGGGCGCAGGCAACGGGGGAGGCAGCAGCGUGGAGAGCACCGCGCGCUCUCCGCCUCCAAGGUUGGGCGGUCGGGACGCGGGUCGGCGAACGGACAACGGCCCGGGACGGCGGAAGGACGCACGCACACAGGCGUAGGGGUCUGGCCCGCCCGCGGCAGUCUCCAGUAGGUGAGGGAGGACGCACAGUUCCCGCAGCUGCAGCAGCAGCGGAGCUGGCGGGGGCGGACGAACCUGGUACAGACCCCUGAGCACCGCGCGCGGAGUGGAGCGGAGCGCAGGCACCUAGGUGCCUCUUUGGAGAACUGUUCGUUUCAGAGUCAUUGCCCAGGGCUACGGCCAGUGCCCAGCCCUGCUGGGAGCCCCGGCCAGCACCACGGACGGCGCCCAGGAAGCCUGUGUCCCCCUGGACGGGGCCUUCUGGAUCCCAAGGCCCCCAGCAGGUUCACCCAAGGGCUGCUUUGCCUGUGUGUCCAAGCCCCCCGCCUUGCAGGCUCCAGUGGCCCCCGCCCCUGAGGCCUCAGCCUCACCCCCCAUGGCUCCCACUCUGUUCCCCAUGGAGUCCAAAAGCAGCAAGACCGACAGUGUGCGGGCGGCCGGUGCCCCCCAGGCCUGCAAGCACUUAGCCGAGAAGAAGACCAUGACAAACCCCACAACAGUCAUCGAGGUCUACCCGGACACCACCGAGGUGAACGACUACUACCUGUGGUCCAUCUUCAACUUUGUCUACCUCAACUUCUGCUGCCUGGGCUUUAUCGCGUUGGCCUACUCCCUCAAAGUUCGGGACAAGAAGCUCCUCAAUGACCUGAAUGGGGCUGUAGAGGAUGCCAAAACUGCUCGGCUGUUCAACAUCACCAGCUCGGCGCUGGCGGCCUCCUGCAUCAUCCUGGUCUUCAUCUUCCUGCGGUACCCGCUCACUGACUACUGACCCCACGGGCACCAGGGCCAAGAGGAAGCAGCCCUGAGACUUGCUUAUUUUUGUGGUCACUGGGAGGCAGGAUGCCCUGAGGGUGGGGCAGGUCAAGGCUCCCGCCUGGGCCUCAGAGGCUGUAUGUGACACAGAGCGAAAGCGCCCUGAGGAGCAGAGCUCCAUCUAGCCCCCAUCUGCCUCCUGGCCCUCGCCCUGCCUGUCUCUGGGCCCCAGCCUCCCCCCUGCUGCUGCCCUGGCUUCCAUGUGCCCUGCCCAGGCUCCGGGGCCUGCAGACCCCACACUCAGCAAGAAGGGCUUAUGUGGGAGCCCCCAAGAUGGGGGACUGCCAGCACCUGGGGCUCACUCUCUCCUGACCCCGCCUCCUCCAAGCUGUGACCUGCUCAGAGCACUUGUAUCUGUGAACUUUCAA